CGUGCUCCCAAGGGCGCCCUGGUUCUGUCUUCGGGAUGCGCAGAGCCCCCAGGCUGACUCCUCCUGGCAGCCAGAGCCAGCAGCAUAGCCGGGAGAAAGCCUACCAGGACCACAGGAGGAAGGUCCGGGAUGCCCAGCCGCUUGUGGACACCUGUGCCCCGCUGACUCCCAGCCACCUCCACCUGAAGCUGAAGAAGCUGAAGCGCAGACGCAGCUGGUGCUUCCAAAGGCUCCUGCGUGUCUGCCCACAGCUGGAGGAGGAGCGGCUCUCUGUCAUCGACAGGGACAACCGCCUGCUGCUGGAGAGGGUAUCCUGCAUCAUGAGGACCAGGGGACAGGCCGACAGCAGAAGCAACUGCACACCCAAGAGGAAACAGAGACGCCAGGAGCACAGGCGGCCAUUUGGAUGCAGCGCAGCAAGGGCUCCUGGAAGCGGGGCUUCCCGCGCGGCCCGGCCCGGAGCCGCAGCGAGGCCGCGUGUGCCGGCGAGGCCGGACCCCGGAGCCGGGCGGUUCUCAAGGGCCCCCGCCGAGCUCCCCGCCCGCGCUUCCCUCUCGAGACACACGGGGACCCUGGACGCAGCCCGCGGCCCGCAGACCCCGGUGGGACUGUGGCCCGAGGGGCGCCGCCCGGGCGGCGGGCCCUGCCUCGGGGUCCAGGGCCGUGGGCUCCUGAGGGUCUGCGCGGAGGAGGCGGCGUCGGGCACCGAGAAGCGGGCGACCCCAGCGCCGUCCCCAGCGGCCUGGCCCCGCCGCGCCUGCGCUGCUCCCGACGGGCUGCCUCCCGGGAGACCGGGCCACGCUGCGCUUCCUCGCAGGCUCUUCCCCUGAGGAAGAGCUGCAAAAUCAGGCACU